AUGUUUCUCAACGCAGCUAAAAACUCUGACACCACGAUGUUUCUUGUUGUCGAUGAAACGGAUCGAAUGCUUGAAAAAGGGCAUUUUGACGAGUUAAAACAGUUACUGGAAAUGAUUAACCAAAACGAGGAAGCUAAACAGCGCAGGCGGAACUUUGUCUUUUCUGCCACGCUUACCUUCGAUCAUGAUUUGCCCGAACACAUAGCAGCGAAAGCUAAGAAGAACAGCAAAUCGGGCAUCUUUAAGGAAACACCUGGUCAGCGGUUGAACAAUCUUGUUCAGGUAAUUGGUAUGACGAAUCCAAAAGUAGUGGACAUAACGCAGCAACACGGCACUGCCCAUUCUCUCAUCGAAUCACGAAUUGUGUGUAAAGCAGACCAAAAGGAUUUCUAUUUGUACUAUUUCCUGAAGCGCCACCCAGGACGAACGUUAGUCUUUUGCAAUUCAAUCGAUUGUGUCAAACGACUGGUUUCACUGCUCGGAUACCUAAAUUGCGAUCCGCUUAGUCUGUUUGGAUCGAUGCAACAACGACAGCGAUUGAAAAAUUUGGAACGAUUCACCCAGAAUCCGGCGGCUCUCCUGAUUGCAACGGAUGUCGCAGCCCGUGGUCUGGAUAUUCCGAAUGUCGAUCAUGUAAUUCACUAUCAGGUGCCCAAAACAACUGAAAACUAUGUUCAUCGUUCGGGAAGAACGGCUCGUGCCUCUAAGGAAGGUAUCACAGUCUUAUUUAUCGGCGCUGAUGAAGUGAAGGACUAUGUCAAGCUCAAUCAAUCCCUUGGUAGAACGGAAGACUUGCCAAUGUAUCCGACAUCAGAAAGAAUGAUGAAGCAGAUCAGGCAGCGGGUCAGCCUGGCGAGGGACAUUGAACGGAUGGAUCUGCAUCAAAGGAGGAACAACGAGAGCCGAAAUUGGGAGGAUAAAGUGGCAAAAGAGUUUAUGAGUGAUUCCGAUUUGGACAGCGAACAGGAAGAAGAACUCAAACUGUCAAAAGGUAGAGAAAAGCGGCAAAUGAAGGCUCGGCGGCUUGAGUUGAGUCGUCUGCUUGCCACACCAAUCAUAAUGGAUCGGGUAGAAAUGAAGUUUCCUACUUCAGACUCAGUUGACCUUCCUGCAGAAAAAGAACAGUCAGCUAUAAAGCUGGUCAGGCAGGUGGUACAGGAGAACAUCGAGUUUAAAAAGCAAAGAAACAAGAAAAGGAAAAGGAAUAACUAAUUCAGUUUCUGUUGAUUAUUAGAAAUACAUAUAUUAUAAAUUAAGAUAAUCUUUUGUAUUAGAAGUAAAAAAAUGAUAUACAUUUUCAUUGCUCUAAUGCUUUGAUACAUAAAUCCGCACCCCGUUAACAACUAAUGAGCGCGUGUGUUUAGCCAGAAUUGAUGUG